AUGGGUGGUAUUACGCCCGAUCCAGCGCCAGUCCUGGGAUUACUGAACGCCUUUCGAUCGUCACAAGCGCUUUUCGCUGCUGUCGAUUUAGCGAUCUUUGAAAUCCUUAAAACAUCGAAUUCACCUUUAUCGUUGCAACUGAUUUGCGAAGGCGUGGCUUGCCGUCGGGGCCAAAGAGUCUCGGAGGAUGGCCUGGAUCGGCUUUGCCGCACAUGUGUAGCGCUUGGCCUCCUCGAAACACCGUCACCUGGUCUAUACUCUUUAACCCCGCUCGCGGAGAACUAUCUGGUGACGAGCUCCUCUACAUCACUUGUUGGCUACUGCACACACUCCGCACGGGUCGUAUGGCCUCUAUUCGGCGGGCUGUCCUCCGCCGUCGCCUCCGGCAGCCAGGUAUGGCAGCAGAUCUUUGGCCAGCCCGGCUCCGACGUCUUCGCGCGGAUCUACUCCACACCCGCGGACGUGCUGCGCUUCCUUAGUGGAAUGCAUUCCUUCGCCACUCUGUCGGCGCCAUCGGUGGUUACCGCCUUUGACCUGUCCUUCGCGACCAGCUUGGUGGACCUAGGCGGGGCGACGGGCGCAAUCGCGCGCUCCGCGUGCGAAUCGUACCCGGGGCUGCAUUCAGCUGUGGUAGUGGACCUGCCGCAUGUGGUGGCGGACGCGCGCGCGAAUUUCGCGCCGCCGCCGGGUGGCCCGUGCGAUGGCCGGCUGAGCUGGCUGGCUGCGGAUUUCUUCACCGAGCAGGACAACCAGGUUGAUGUGGUGGUGCUGUCCCGCAUCCUGCAUGACUGGGACCUGCCACGCUGCCAGCAGCUGCUAGCGCUGAGCCACCGGCUGCUGCGACCGGGGGGGGCAUUGCUGGUGGCGGAGAUGCUGCUGGAGUCCGACAGAAUGGGACCUCUGCCGGUGCUGCUGCAGGAUCUCAAUAUGUUGUGCCAGACUCACGGCCGGGAGCGCAGCGCCGCCGAGUACGAGGAGCUGCUGGGGGCUGCUGGCUUUGUGGAUGUGAAGGCACGCAAGACGGGGAGUUACCUGGACGCGGUGCUGGCACGCAAGCCGUGA